AUGGACUCCAUCAGCGAUACCAGUUCCAAGUAUCCGGUAAUGAUGCCGACAGCUUCACAUUUCUUCAACUGCAUGAAAGACCUCGGUAUUGGCUUGGAAGAUAUUAUCGUUGUUUAUGAUACCUACGAAAUUGGAUUAUAUUCAUCGCCGCGCGUCGCGUGGACAUUCCUCAACUUCGGGUUCAAGAAUGUGCAUGUCUUGAACAACUUUCCUCAAUAUGUUCAACAAGGAUUCCCAACUUCCAGUGGUCAAUUACGAGGGCUCUCGAGCACUUUAUCUCCUGAUUUAAUGACCGCUUUCGUUGGUGAAUCAUUGUGUCCAGGAGAAAUUAUCUCCUUCAAGGAGCUGCGUGACGACAUCGUUGCGCAAUCCAAUGAAAGACCUUAUCAGAUUCUCGACGCCAGGCCUUUCAACCAAUUUUCUGGCCUUGAUAAAGCCGCAUAUGCAUCUUUGCGGCCGGGUCAUAUGCCGGACGCGGUGAGCAUUCCGCUAAGCUCCUUUCUGACGGAUAACAAAUGUCUUCGACAAGUGGAUGAGCUCCGGGAUCUUUUUGCAAAGGCCGGAGUGGAUGAAAACAUGUCUGCUGUUUUGACGUGUAACUCUGGUGUGACUGCCUCUGCCUUAGGCUUAGCACUGCGCGUAUGCGGCUACAAGAUGAAAAUGAAACUUUAUGAUGGUAGCUGGAUGGAGUGGGCUGACAAAGUGAACGAGGAUGGACUGAUAGUUACGAACUAG